UAUUUUGACACUAUGGAGAUCACUCCUCCUGCCGUCGGGGUUCAUCGCUUUGACCGGGACGACAGCGAAGUGUCCUCCCUGAGUCCUCAGCAGGAGGUCCGGGCGCUGGUGGAGGGACAGUUUCUGUCCCGGAGGCUCCACGCUGAGCGUCUGGGAUACUCCAUCAGUGAGACACGUCCACCUCCAUUAACACCUCCGUCUGUCCAUCCGUCUGUCUUUCCCUCUUCCAUCUGUCCAUUUAUUUUUUUAAUAUAUUUAUUCUUUUAUUAACAUUUAGUCGUACAAAUACACUCCAUCACAAAAAUCAUCAGAAAAUAAAAUGAGGAUAUGAAUAAUAAUAAAAAUCAUUCUGUCAUUAUUUUUAAUUUCAGGAGAGAAAACGUGAAUCUUAAUGAAUCAGGUUGAUUAUUGUCCCGCCGUUCUCCGUCUUUAAUCACAGGAGUGAGAGUGCGAUGAUACGUGCACGCAUACGGACGUUUAUUAGUCAGAGUUACGUAUCGUGAGAUC